AAAAGGGUGGAAAAACAAGGGCAAUUGAAUCUUAAGAACAAAUGGAAACACCCAGUUGCAUAAACUCCACACUCAUGCAAGUCUGGAGAAUCAUGACUGUUAAUGAAAAGGGAGGGAUUAUCGUUAAUUAGCCAAAAUCUGUAGAGUACAAAAAGACCAAAGGGCAGCAUCUCAACAGUGUGACUAGCUGUUGAACAAUGGCAGGAAGUUGGUGUGUUGUUCAGUCUCUGGCACUUUGUGUUUGGUUCUGUGCUUUCUGCCAUGCCGUUCCAAAGUGGAGUAAUCUGCCCCAAAGUCCUCAAGCUCUGAUGUUCCAGCAAACUGACCAGCGGUUUCCUCAGUCAGUUCAAUGGCAAGCUAGUCAACAGUUUUCUAAGCCAGUUCAACAUCAAGCUAGUCAACAGUUUCCUCAGUCAGUUCAACGGCAAGCUAAUCAACAGUAUCCUAAGCCAGUUCAACAGCAAGCUAGUCAACAGUUUUCUAAGCCAGUUCAACAGCAAGCUAGUCAGCAGUAUCCUCAGUCAGUUCAACAAGCUAGUCAACAGUUUUCUAAGCCAGUUCAACAGCAAGCUAGUCAGCAGUAUCCUCAGUCAGUUCAACAAGCUAGUCAACAGUAUCCUCAGUCAGUUCAACAGCAAGCUAGUCAACAGUUUCCUCAGUCAGUUCAACAAGCUAGUCAACAGUAUCCUCAGUCAGUUCAACAGCAAGCUGGUCAACAGCAAGCUAGUCAACAGUAUCCUCAGCAGUUUCAGCCUAAACAGCCAGUGGCACAGGCAGAGCCCCUUGACAAAUGUGCUGUAGCUGAUUAUGAGCAGAUCCAAUGUGGACCACCUGGUAUCAGUGGUGCUGAGUGUGCAGCUAUUAACUGCUGCUUUAACGGACAGCAGUGUUACUAUGGGAAGGCCGGUAAGAGUGUUGAGUCAAUGUAAAGGUGUUUCUUGUUAAACUGA